AUGAGAGUUCUCUCUCUCUCUCUCUCUCUCUCUCUCUCUCUCUCUCUCUCUCUCUCCGAGUUGGCGUUUUUACCUAAACCCCAAAUUAUGCGCAUUAACAAGGACAGUUCAUAUUCUUUCUCUGUCUCUGUCUGUCUGUCUGUCUGUCUGUCUCUCUCUGUCUGUCUAUCUAUCUAUCUAUCUAUCUAUCUCUCUAUAUAUAUAUGUCUCCUCCCCCUCUUCCGCUCUCGCUCAGUCUUAUCACCAUCUCUCCUUCCCUCUCAUCUUCUUUCCAUCUAUCUUCCUCUAUCUCUCGCCCCCUCUUACUCUAUGUCGCCCGUUAUCGUCCGGACACCGUUCAAACGACCUCUGUCUGCUUACCAUCCACCGUUUGCGAAUAAAGACACGAUUUCCAUCGUCUACAACGGACCAUCUGUGUUUGUCAUCCUUCUUUGCUAUUGCCAUCCGUUGCCCUUGUGUGUCCCUUUUUUAGUUGUACGGUCGAUUGGCACUCACACCUCUCGGCCCGAUGCAACAAGUGGUGACCCCGACGUGAUCGAUGGACACAGGCAAACGGCUAGCAGAGAAGAUGGCGGAACACACCGAGACAGAAAUCAACACAUCAGCCGCCCUGAUACAACUACCGCCAUACAACUCGAUCAACACCAGGAGUUGGUUUAUUCAACUCGAGGCGAUAUUUUCAGCCCGGAAGCCUUACCAGCAUCAGUCGUCGAAGAAGUGGAAGACAUCCUUCUCAAUACCCCGGACCAACUCCCAUACACCUGCCUCAAAGAAGCCAUUCUCAAACGAACUGGACGUUCGGACGAAGACCUCAUCAGAGACUUAUUCUCCAAUGUGUCUCUCGGCGAUAGGACACCAUCCCAGCUCCUCCGCCUGAUGAAGAGCCGCCUCGGGAACAACACCAUGGCAGAACCCAUCCUCCGAGGGCUAUGGAUGGAUCGGUUACCACCGAAUAUAACACAAGUUCUAGCCCUGGUACCAGUAGAGACACCCCUUGACGUAGUGGCCGACUCAGCCGACAAAGUGCACUCCCAAGCUCACCAAAAGGUUCACCAGAUUGAGAGCCAAGGAAACUACACACAACGCCUCGAAGAGGAGAUGACCCAGCUACGCGCAGAGUUGAGAGACCUGAAACUCUCCCUAUGCCGGAGGCAGCGAAGCCCAGCACCACGCACGCGAAAUCGAAGCCGUACCCGCAGCUCAAGUCCAGGACAGAGAAACAGUGUGGACGAAUGUUGGUACCACCAAACCUUCGGUGACCGAGCCCGCAAGUGCCACCCUUCCUGCAGACGCAAUAAGGCCCAGGGAAACGAAUAG